CACAAAGGAGAGCUGUUGUUUUUCUCAAAUUCUAUGGAUGUUUUAAAUGCAAACUAAUAGAGAUUGAAACCUAAAUGCAUACUCAUGGGAUUAUAAAAGGACCUAUAUUUCCUAUCAUCUCAAGAUAUGGACAUCAGAAUCUCCUUAAAGGCUUGGAUAUGGCAAGUAAUAUUAUUAUUUCUUUAUAGCUGGGGCUGGGUCUCUGGGCAGCUUCGCUAUUCUAUUAUUGAGGAGUCAGAGCCAGGCACAUUAAUAGGGAAUGUAGCUCAGGAUCUAGGAAUAAGCCCGGCAGAUAUUAAUAAAAGACAGCUGAGUUUGGGAUCUGAAGGGAGCAGCAGAUUUUUUUCUUUGGAAAGAGGAGCUUUGACUGUAAAAGAGAGGAUUGAUAGAGAAAGUCUGUGUGGAUCGAUCUCAAGCUGUUUAAUACAUUUAGAGAUAGCAACUGAAAAUCCCUUGGAACUGUUCAAUUUGGAAAUUGAAAUUUGGGAUAUAAAUGAUAAUUCUCCAACAUUUUUAAAUGUUAAUCAGGUUAUAAAAAUUACAGAAUUAGUAGCUAGUCCUGGAAUGGUAUUCCCUUUAGAAACAGCAGAGGACCAAGAUGUGGGAAUUAAUAGUGUUACUGAGUAUAGACUGAAUCCAAACCCUUAUUUUACUUUGCUUGUUAAAAAUCAUAAGAAUGGAAUAGUGCUUCCUGAAUUAGUGCUAGAAAAAAUUUUAGACAGAGAAGAAAAAAAAGAGCACAAUCUAAUAUUGACUGCUUCUGAUGGAGGAGAAAACUCUCGAACAGGAUCAUGUGAGGUUACUGUUAUAGUUCAAGACAUCAAUGAUAAUGCACCAGUGUUUAAUCAAUCAAUAUAUAAAAUCAGUUUAUUGGAGAACCUGCCAUUAAAUACAGUUGUAAUAAAACUCAAUGCUACAGAUCUGGAUGAAGGAUCCAGUGGGGAAAUUAAAUAUUCCUUUGUGCAACACAGGUUAAAUACAGCAACAGAAAUAUUUGACCUAAAUCCACAAACAGGAGAAAUAUUUGUUAAGGGGAAUAUAGAUUUUGAAAAAUCACAAUUAUAUGAAUUAAACAUCAGAGCAACAGACAAAGGAGUGCCUGAAUUACAGGGGCGCUGCCUUGUUCAGAUUGAAGUGCAAGACGUUAAUGAUAAUACUCCAGAAAUUCUUUUUACUUCCAAGGUAAAUAAAGUACCAGAAAAUGCACCACUGGGAACUGUUGUUGGCUUUAUCAGUGUCAGAGAUAAAGAUUCAGGGAGAAAUGGAGAGAUAAAAUUAGAUGUAUCACCAAAUGUACCUUUUAAAUGUCAAUCCUUAAACAACCGGUAUUCAUUAGUCACUAGUGGAUAUCUGGAUAGAGAAAAGGAAUCUCAAUAUACUAUUAAGCUUACUGCAUCUGAUUUAGGUUCUCCACCUUUAUAUAAUCAGACUGUAUUUAUCCUAAAUAUAUCUGAUGUUAAUGACAAUCCUCCAACAUUUGUGCAGCUGGUUUACACUGCCUUCAUCAAAGAAAACAAUGAACCAGGCAGCUUAUUGUGCACUGUAUCUGCUACUGAUCCAGAUGAGGGAGCUAACUCAGAUGUAUCUUAUUCUAUUAUUGAAAGCCAAAUAGAUGGUUCUGCUGUCUCUUCUUUUGUGUACAUCAACUCUCAAAAUGGUAAUAUUUAUGCGCAGCGUGCUUUUGACUAUGAGCAGAUUCAGGUAUUACAUAUCACAGCAAGAGUGGAAGAUGCAGGAUUACCCAAAUUAUUUUCUAAUGUUUCAGUCUUCAUAUUCAUUAUGGAUACAAAUGAUAACACCCCAUCAAUAUUGUAUCCACAAUACUCAAUGGAGCUCAUCACCCAAGAAAAUAUUCCAAGAUCAGCAUCUGUUGGUUAUUUGGUCACAAAGGUGUCUGCAGUGGAUCAGGAUUCAGGUCACAAUGCCUGGCUUGUCUAUAGUCUCCCUGAAUCUACCAGUAACACUUUAUUUCAAAUCUCAGCAUACUCAGGAGAAAUAAGAACCAUACGUGACAUCCAUGAUGCAGAUAAUACUGAGCAACAGCUUGUUGUUUUAGUCAGUGACCAUGGGGAUCCAUCCUUGUCUACUACAGUCACCAUACAUGUAAAUAUAAUAGACAACAUAAUAAAUGAUCAACCAAAAUCUCAGAAUUUCCUUACAAAUUCUAAACCUACACCAGACUUAACUUUAUAUUUAAUUAUUUCACUGGUGGCAAUCAGUUUGGUUUCGCUUGUAACCUUUGCAAUAUUGCUUGUGAAAUGUUUAAAAGGAAGAAACUAUGACAGUAGUUGCAGGCCUUGUUUUUCAAACAAAUCUCAACACAAGCAGUAUGCAGGAGAGUAUCAGCCAACACUUUUCCUGAAUACAGAUGGAACCUUAAAAUACAUGGAAGUGAGGAUGGCACCUACAGAACCUCAAGGGCAAUGCUACCAGGCUUGUUUUCCUACAGCAUCAGAAAAUAAUGAAUUCACCUUUAUGAAGCCACAAAAUUUUCCACAGCUGGGAGAGUUGGUCAAUAAAACAGAGUCCACAUCUGAUUUAAAUAUUUCGACCAAACCAAAUCAGUUGUAUUAA